AUGGCAACCUCAGCAGUCACUGUCUCGAGUAGUAGACCCGUGACGACUGUAGCAGCCAGACCAGGAGCGGCAGCCACCGUUGAAUAUCUCGGCCGGUGGUGCCCCAAAGUGCAACUACUAUCACGGUCUUGGGGUCAGGGGUCCACUCCCAAACACCCCUGCGACGGUCCUUCGUCCCUCCGCCAGCCAGGGCAGCCAGUCGCACGGCCCGGUUAUUCUUCACACAUCCAAAGUGUCGCCCCUGUCUCCUCCUCCUCCACUUCAGGAGGCGGGAAGGUGGUGUCGCCCAGGCUGGUCCCAAUCCCCAUUACACAGGUGAGGUCAGGGGUCGCGAACAAGGCAGUUCUCUCCUACAGCGCCAUCCUGCAACCUGGGGGCAGCUCAGGUGGAGGGGGCGUGGUAGGCAGCAGCGUCAUGGCCAAGAAGGAAGGCCAUACCCCCUCACAGCCCCUCCUUCUGCAGGCGGCUCCUCCUACCACGGUGAAGGGAGCAGCACUGGCCAAGACUGCAGGUGCUACAAUAAGCAUCAUUACUGGCAAGGGUACCAAGCAACCAGGGACAGUACCAGGUCCCACUCCCAACCCAGUGAACAUGCUCUCUGUUAAUCUCGGCCAGAACAAGCCCAACAUGAUCAAUUUCAAGAUAUCAAAUGGACAGAUUCAAGCUGAUAGCAUGCAGCAAGUUGAUGUUCUUCGGGAAGCUCGGCCAAUGGUCCAGGGAGGAGGCAAGCAAAUGGAUGAGCGGAAGGAUAACCCUAUUGUGAUGGCUGGUCUGGCCCAUGCUGUCGGAACAGGAUCUGUGACAGUUUCAGUCACGGGGUCAUUGCCAGGCGCAGGUCCUGGGGUAGGACCAGGGAUAGGAACUGGGCCAAUGAUUGUCCCUGGAACUGCAACAUCUUCAGUGCCAUUGUCUAACCAAGUGUCCAUACCAACGUCACUGCCAAUGACGGUGACUGUGGCAAGAUCAGUACCUGAACCUCCAAUAAGCUCAACUGUUGAUGACGAUUCCUCUAUAGAUACAAGAGAUUUGAUGUGCACAAACAAAGGAGAGAGAGAAGAUAUUCUGCAGAAAGCUGUCAGCCAGCUUGGGGUUGCGCUAGAGGAGAGCAGACAGAGAGGCCCAGAGGACUUCCCACCCUACCUUGAUACCUAUGACCACGAGCAGCAGCUGAAGCCAGACACAGAAUUCGUGGAACCAGAGAAGGAGAAGGAGGCAAAUGAAGAAGUGGUCAGGGUAAAGGAAGAGCCAAUGAACAUCGACUCGGAGUCACAGGUGCUUGACGUGAGAAAAGAGAUCUUGCGGACAAUGCUGAACAAGUCACAAAACUCGUCAAGGAGUUCUAGCCCAAGCCAUGAGGUGCAGGUUGAGCCCUUGGACAGAGUGAAGGAGGAAAAGUCUCCAUCAAGAGAAGCUGAAAACUGUACCGACCACAAGGCUGAUAACAGCCCAGCCGGGAAGCCCAAGCAGCAAGAGGCAGAAGAAGACAUUAAGCCUGAAAAAGUGAAGUUCAUCGAACUCCUGAAGUGGGAGGAUGGGGUUGGAAAGCUAGAUGGAACGGAUCUCAAGUUCAAGAUCAACGAGUUUGAUGCUGUGGAGAUUAUUGAGGACAGAGAUCUGGAAGACAUCAAAAACAACCACUGCAAGAAGGUGGAGCCACUCACCCCCAGACAUCAUGCACGCAAACCCAACUUCCGUGACCUCAUAAAGGAUGAGGAAAUAUUCUCAGACAAUUCCCAGGAUUCAGAGUCACAAGGGAAUAAGUCAACGAGAGAAUCUGACGACAUCUGUUGCUGUAAGAACUGCGGCUGUUAUGGCCUUAGUUCAGAGUUCUUCCGUGACAGCAACUUCUGUUCUGUUGCCUGUGGAGAUGAACACGAUGCAAGAGAACUGGAGUGGGGUAAAGAACGGCUCAAGCAGGAGAAGGAGAGACAGAGGAGGAAGAAGCUCAGGCAGUGUGAAAAAGGCGAGGGAGAUGAGCAGGGGGCUGGCUGCGAAGGGAGGGAGGGAAACCGCAGUGAGGCCGAGGAAUCAGGGCAGGUCAGCGAUGAAGAAUCCAGACAAGCAAGGAAUCUCAUGGGCACGGAGUCCCUAGUGAGCCGAUUUCAGCAUCCGUGGCAAGAUGGGAAGAACAAUUUCUCUUGGGUGAAGUACUUGGAGCACUGUGGAAGAGCAAAAGGCAUGGCAAAGGCGGCACCCCUGAAGCUGUGGCCAGAGCCGUUUCCCUUUGGCAGGAAUCUCUUUAAAGCUGGCAUGAAGUUGGAGGCCAUUGACCCUCAACACCAGUCACUCUUUUGUGUCAUGACGGUGGCUGAAACCAUUGGGUACAGGGUGAGGCUCCACUUUGAUGGCUACUCAGACCAGUACGACUUCUGGGUCAAUGCUGAUUCACCAAACAUUUUUCCGGCUGGCUGGUGUGAGAAGAAUGGCCGGCAGCUGGAGCCACCCCUUGGAGUGCUAGGAUUUUCUUGGAAGGCAUAUCUAGAGCACUGCAAGGCUCAGACGGCACCUAGACAAGCCUUUGCCAAUAAAGGUAAUUCCACUGUCAUCCCACCUAAUAAUUUCCGGGUGGGCAUGAAACUCGAGGCAGAAGACAGAAAGAACAUGUGGGUCUGUGUAGCCACAGUGGCUGAUGUGCUUGAUAAUCGUGUACUCAUCCAUUUUGAUGGAUGGGACAAAGCCUUUGACUUCUGGAGUGAAGUGUCAUCUCCUUACAUCCACCCAGUUGGAUGGUGUGCAGACAAUAACAUCGUCCUCCACCCUCCAAAUAAUUACCCAAAUCCAGAAAGCUUCAACUGGCAUGAGUACAUCCAGGAAACCAAUUCCAUGGCUGUCCCUGCCAGGGCUUUUAAGACCAGACCUCCGAGAGAGUUCAAGAAGAACAUGAAACUAGAGGUUGUUGAUAAGAGGAAUCCGAGUCUCAUACGUGUGGCCACCAUAGUGGAUGUGCAAGACUACCAAAUAAAAAUCCAUUUUGAUGGCUGGGGUGAUGCCUACGACUACUGGCUUGAUGAUGACUCGCCAGACAUCCACCCACCGUCAUGGAGUAACAAGACAGGCCACCCUCUGCAGCCACCUUUAACCCCAGAACAACAGGCAGAGGAUGUAGAUUCUGGCAUGGGGUGUGGAACAGCAGGCUGUAAGGGCAUUGGACAUGUGAAAGGCCCCAUUUAUACCACCCACCACACGGCGUAUGGCUGCCCAUACUCUACACAAAAUCUGAACAAGGACUUGGAUACUUUGAUCCCAGACAGACUUCAGCCAGCCCAGGAGAAGAAGAAGGGCAAGAUUGCUCCGAAAGUCAAGCUGGAUCUCCGUCCAUUCAGUGGGAACAAGGAUGCCUUUGCAGACGAGACUCCCUGCCAGAAGAAGAGGGUCCGGAAGAGACGCAAGUUCUUUGACGAAUUGAGUCCCCCGGAGCCCACUCGACCACAGAAGGUGCCAAAGGCGAAUGAGGAGGUCAGGGCAGCCAGCAAUUCUAAUAUAUUACCCAGUGCAAUAUCCUCGUGUACCGUGACCAUUGCCACCGCCACAGCACCGAUAACGGUAACAACUGUUACAUCAAAUGCGACAACGCCAACUUCGUCCAACCAGGUAUCGCCCACGGGCUUCCCUCAGCAGCAGCAACAACAACAACAGUCACAGCAACAGCAACAACAACAACAGCCACAACAUCAACAACAACAGCAGCAGCCCCAACAUCAACAACAACAACAGCAGCAGCAACACAACAGCAGCAGACCUCUGACCACGGGGUCGACAUGA